AUGGCGACUACACCGUUUUCAGCGUUUAAAGUUGACGAGUUACAGAUGUUCUUGAAAAGAAAGGUGAUUUCUGUUUCAAAAUUGAAACGUAUGGAUUUAUUGAGGCUAUGUGAUGCAGUUGUAAAGCUCAAUUUGCCAGAUGACCCCGAUAUGUGCUCCGAUCAGCCUCUGUCUGUCCAUGAUAUUCUUAGUGAAUUCUCAGUAGAGGAUCCAGCUGAUGGUGGAUGCCGUCACAUUGGAGCGACUUUAUAUGAAAUUGAAGCCUUCGAAGUCAAUUUAGUCACGGAUGGGGGCAAUUUAUGGUCUAAACGACCACGACAACAUGAUUGCCCAGUUCCCAUCAAGCAACUAAAGAUCAUGAAAGCAAGGUAUACAGGUGUGGAAUAUAACCAAUCUGAUGCACACAAUUUUGACCCUCGCAGUGUGGAUCAAAGGCAGAAUGUACAAAAGCCAAUAGAGAAUGUUACAGGUGACUGUGAUCAACCGUGUCAAAAAUGUACUGUUUUUACCAUCUCAAACAUGUUGAAAAAUGUUAAAUCUACUGCUGCAAAUGACCCUGUGAAUUUAUGUCAUCUUUCUAAUGAUAAUAUUGCACACAUUGAGUCAUGCACAGCUGAACAGUCUGACAGCAAGACUUGGCAUGAGCUCAGGAAAGGCAGAUUGACUGCAUCUAAUUUUUGUAAAGUUUGUAAAGCAGUUGAUGCUAACAAAUGUCAACCUUCACUUCUUAAGACUAUUUUAGGUGAAUAUGGUGAAGUCACUGCUCCAUCUUUACUGUGGGGUAAAAAGAAAGAGGUAGCAGCCCUUCAGCUUUAUAUGAAAGUAUGCAGUAAAUCACAUCUUCAUCCCCGUUUGUCACAUAAAGAUUUAAGAAUACAUCCUACCAUGGAUUUCAUUGGUUGUUCUAUUGAUGGUCUUUUCACAUGUAAAUGCCAUGAUUGUACUAUUUUUGAGGUAAAAUGCCCAUUUAGCUUAAGGGAUGAAGAUCCAAAAGAAGUGUGUCUCAGAAAAGGUUGUGUCCUUAAUAAAAAAGUUGAAGUCAUUGUAACUGAAAACUCUGAAUACUAUCAUCAAAUUCAAGGUCAAAUGGGUAUAUAUGGCAUUCAUCAAUCCAAUCUCAUUCUUUACACAAAAGAAAAGAAUCUGUGUUGCUCAGGCUGA